GGAAGCUACACGAAGAAAGAGUUGCUAGAGAUGGAGUGGCGUCUCCUCAAAACCCUGGACUUCACUCUGUCAGCCCCCACGUCCUACACCUUCCUUCACAUCUUCAUGUCCAUCUACCCUGUUUGUGAGACCACACAGAACCUGGCGGUGUUUCUGGCAGACUUGAGUCUGAUGGACGUGAACUUGUUGGUGCGACACGACUCGUCUAAAGUGGCAGCUGCAGCUCUGUUCAUGGCCAACUACAGAGUCAACAGAGAGAACUGGCCUGAAGACCUGGAAAACUUCUCUGGUUACUCCUUGGAGGACCUCGCAGAGUGUAUGGAAACCAUGUACAAGCUGGAGCUGCUUCACUCAGAGCUCUCUCUACAGGCCAUCAGGUCAAAGUUCACAAAGUCAAUGUCUGUGGUCCAGUGUUGUUCACCAUCUUCACCUGUCUGCACAGCAUCGAUCUACAACUCAGUGUUCUGACCGAGCUGGACUGGAUCUGAACUCACGUUCAACUGUUUUUAAACGUGUUUCUUUUGGCAGAACGUCACCUGUGUGGAACACAAGAGUCACUGUUUCUGCAGCCCAUUUUUAAAGGAGGAUUAUAUUUUUGCUCUUUGUACAUAUUUUAUUAUUUUAUAUUCUA